AUGGUGCACCUGUAUCAGACGACCGCAACCGAGCGGGCCCGUCCCAGCAAGGUGAGCAGUUUUGUGACCAGCUUCAAGGGGUUGUUUUUCCGCACGAAACCACCCAUCGGUGGUGAUGAUGGCACACCUCAUGUGGCCGCCGCUGGGCAGCCGUUAGUUGUGUCGCGUCUUUCACCGAAGGCACCAAUCGCUUCGCCAGAAUCGGGAAGUGAACCGUCCUCGCUGGUGCUACCACGUUCCGCAUCCGCCGGUGCCACCAGCAACCAGCCGGUGACGGGCUAUCGGACGGUAACACUGCAACUACCGUACCACGGUGAGAAUCGGUACGACAUCCGACGGACGAAUACGGACCGAAGAGAGCGCAAGGAUCGACGUGGCGCGAAAUCACCCAUCAAACCCGUCAAACGGCGCUCCUUUGGCAAACGCAUCAACAACCUGUGGAGCAACUUUGGACUGCUGCGAAGCUCGGAGAAGAUCGUGGAGUUCGCCAACGGUCACGCCGCGUUUCAACAUGUGCGAGAAAAUUUGACCGAUCUCAAUGGGCGCUCGGAGGCGAACGAAACGGACCUUGUUUUUCUGCAAGGAAUACUGGCGAAUCCUGCCGUUACGCAGCUGAUUAAGAUCCAGGACAAACUCGAGGAAGCACCAGCGCCACCACGUCCGGUCCGAGUGGACAACGCGCCCCUGCUGAAGGAGGUGAUCGAUCGCUGUAGCCUCUCGCGGAAUCCGCACGCCCGCGAACUAGCCCGGAUCUUCCGCUAUCCGCACUUUCGCGCCCUGUUCGAAGCACACGACGAGAUCGGUCAAACCCAGCUGACCCACCCGAAAGCGCCGUCUCAGAACAGCAGCCCGGCCAGUGCCAGGAACGGUGGGAGUGCCAGCGAGACCGACGGUAGUGCAAGUGCGGAACUUUUCCCGAUCGGUGGAGGCGGCGGCGGUGACAUGCCCGGGGAAACGAUCAAGAUGGUCGGGAUCCGGCGGAAUCCGGACGAACCGCUCGGGUUGACGGUGGAGGUGGACGAACACAACCAGCUGGUGGUGGCGAGGAUCAUCGCCGGUGGCAUGAUCGAUCGGCAGGGACUGCUGCACGCGGGCGACGUUAUUCUGGAGGUGAACGGGGUGGCCGUGACCACGCCCGAGGAGUUGCAGGGUGAGAUCUCGAUGGCGAAGGAAUCGGUGACGCUGAAGAUCGGGCCGAGUGUCGAGGAGGAGAUGAAGUCUGCCCGCAUCACCAUGACUGGUGGCCAGGUAAAGAACGGGCGCAAUUUAGACUCGGGCAAGAAACUGACGUGCUACAUGCGCGCACUGUUCGAUUAUGACCCGAACGAGGACAAUCUGCUACCGUGCAAGGAGAUCGGGCUGUCGUUUCUUCGCGGUGACAUCCUGCAGAUCAUCAACGUGAAGGAUCCAAACUGGUGGCAAGCGAAACAUGCCGGCGAGGACGGACCGACCGGGUUGAUUCCCUCGCAGGAGCUCGAGGAGCGUCGACAGGCUUACGUUCCACCGGAAGCCGAUUUUGUGCACAAGAUCGGCAUAUGCGGCACACGGAUUUCAAAGAAAAAGCGAAAGAUACUGUACAAAACCAAGCAGAACGGAGAGUUCGACAAGGCGGACCUGAUGCUGUACGAGGAAGUUACCAAAAUGCCACCGUUCAAGCGAAAGACGCUGGUGCUGAUCGGCGUGUCGGGUGUUGGCAGGCGCACGCUGAAGAACCGUCUGAUCAACAGCGAUCCGGAUAAGUUUGGAUCCGUUUUGCCGCACACUUCGCGUCAACCUCGGCCGCUGGAGGAAUCGGGCAAAGCGUACUGGUUUUCUGACCGCGAGGAAAUGGAGCAAGAGAUAAGGGAGAACAAUUUCCUGGAGUUUGGCGAUCACAAUGGGAACUUGUACGGUACUCAUCUGGAUUCGAUUCGCGAUGUCAUUCGGCAAGGUAAAAUGUGCGUCCUCGAUUGUUCGCCCGCGGCGUUGAAGACUUUGCACAACAGCCCGGAGUUUAUGCCGUUUGUGGUGUUCAUCGCGGCCCCGGGAAUGGAACAAUUGAAGCUGCUGUAUUCCGAGCGCAGGUCUGCGAGCGGAUCGACGAGGAACUUGCAUUUCGACCGUCAAAGCUCUAUUCGCUACAGCUCCCGCCGUGCGAAGACUCUGGAAUCGUUGGCAUCGUUGUACGAGGAUGAUGAUCUGAUAUCAGCGGUUGAGGAGAGUGCGUUGCUCCAGCGAAAGUAUGACAAGUACUUGGACAUGGUCGUUGUGAACGAGGACUUCGACGAGACAUUCCGCCAGGUCACGGAAGCCUUGGAGCAGCUAUCGCACGAGCACCAGUGGGUUCCGGUGAACUGGAUCUACUAGGACGUGUCACCGUCGCUUCUUGAGUCGCUUCUCACCGUACGGAACGGCCUGUCGAGAACUGGGAAUAUGUGUUCAAAUCAUUCGCUUCGCGAGCCACGUUCGAUACAAGUAACAGUUCAAAUAGCCAUAAAGGAAUGAACUCAUUCUGCUUACUCGCCCACUGGAGGUCACCAAUAUAGAAACGGUAUUCUUUGAACAACAUUCAUCGAGUGCAUUCAUAGCCUUUAUAAAAACUCUAUACACUCCAGUUGCCUUAUCGAACGUAAUAUCAUCAUCUAAAACUUACAUACCGCUUUACAUGUACACGAAAUGGUAGUCAGUAAAACAUGCAUCGUUGCAAAUCGCCUUCCAAGGGAUCAUAAUCGACAUACAAUCAACUGCUCUGGCCUAAUGGCGCGUAAGACCUAUCAAUCGGCAUGAAUCGGCACGCCUUUAUCACCUACUCGAACGUAACGUCUUUGAUGUUAGUAUUUUUCUAGUGCUUAAGGUCAAUCAAAUUCGUCCAAUUUAAUUUCGUCCGUUAUCUUUUAUUUCAAUCGAAGCGCGUUCGAUCGUUUUUAAGCGCUUUAGGCGCGAGUGCAGUAGCUGCAACCGUGUUUUAGACAAUGGUAUUUUUAAAUCGUAAGAUGGGUUUUACUUGCUUACACUAUAUUGUAGCUUUUUCGGAACCGUCCUCUGAGUUACGUUAAAUAUUAUCGUAGAUGUUAAAGCGAAAGAAAGAAAGAAACAGAAUAAAAAAUAAAAGAUAAAAUCUCUGCUUGGUAGCUGAUAAGUUGAAGUGAAUGGUUCAAACGUUUGUUUAUGGAAUCUGU